UUGUUGCCGGAAGUAGCGAGAAGGCUGUCAUGGCGGCUGCGAGUGAAGUUGUGGUGCCCGCGGACGGCGCGGAGGACAAGACGUCGGCGGCCGAGGAGCUGGCGGCGCAGAAGCGCGAGCAGAGGCUGCGCAAGUUCCGUGAGCUGCAUCUGAAGCGGAAUGAAGCUCGGAAGUUAAAUCACCAGGAAGUUGUGGAAGAAGACAAAAGACUUAAGUUGCCAGCAAACUGGGAAGCCAAGAAAGCGCGUUUGGAGUGGGAGCUGCAGGAAGAAGAAAAGAAAAAGGAGUGUGCGGCGAGAGGGGAAGACUAUGAGAAAGUGAAACUGCUGGAGAUCAGUGCGGAGGAUGCGGAGCGGUGGGAGAGGAGGAAGAAGAAGAAGAACCCUGACUUGGGGUUUUCAGAUUAUGCGGCUGCCCAAUUACGCCAGUACCACCGGCUGACCAAGCAGAUCAAACCUGACAUGGAAAGCUACGAGCGACAGAGAGAAAAGUAUGGAGAAGAUUUUUUCCCGACAUCCAACAGUCUUCUUCAUGGGACACAUGUGCCUUCCUCAGAGGAGAUUGACAGAAUGGUUUUAGACCUGGAAAAGCAAAUUGAAAAGCGAGACAAAUACAGCCGAAGACGUCCUUACAAUGAUGAUGCUGACAUUGACUACAUCAAUGAGAGGAACGCCAAGUUCAACAAGAAAGCAGAGAGGUUCUACGGGAAGUACACUGCUGAGAUCAAGCAGAACCUGGAGAGAGGAACAGCCGUGUGAGCGAGCCCUGGAGGAGCAGGGCAGAGGCUGGACAGGCAGUGGGGCUUCUGCUGGCAAAUUCAAACUGCCACACGUGAGCAGUCGUGACCCUCCCCCGUGCCUCCCCACCCGGCAUUCUGAAAUAAAUGUCUUUCUCACCUUCACUUCCACAUGCAUAUGUCCAUGUUUCCUUGGAUGUAAGAUGUAUUUCUUGUAGUGAGUGACAUUGUUUUGUAAAAAUCUAAUUUGUAUAAAUCCUAAUUAUUAUUUUUCUAUGUAUUUUAAAUGUGCGUAACCAUGUAACCUUUGAAUUACUGGGGCUCAGAUGGUGUGUGCACAGGUGCAGGCACUGCUGCGUGAGUCUUGUCAGCUGCGGCUGGGCUUUGGGACUGGCCAGGAGAACACAAAGAAGCAGAGGCCGUCAAGACAGAUGCUCCUGCAGCCGGCGCUGUGCUCAGGGCUAGGGGCAGCUGUGCACAUUCCCUUUUAAAGAACAAUAAAAUGUUUUGGAUUAGA